GAUAAAUACAAUUCUGAGCCGCCUAACACAAUUUCAGUUUUCAAAAACUCCAGUACCAAGAAAUACCCACCCCCACCCCACCAUCUAGAUCAGUAGAAUAAGGAAAUAAUCAAGGAGACAGCCAUGGUUUUAGCCGCCCAAAGUGAGCUGCCAUUAAACGAGAACGACUCACAAGACAUGGUUAUAUUCCAUGUCCUAAAGGAGGCCAUGUCGCUCAACGGUUCCUUCGUACCCCAAAGGCAGCACCAAAUCAAUACGUCAAGCAGCAGCAGCAGCAGCAGCCGCCUUAGCCUAGAACCGGCCCGGAACAUUGCCAAGAAACACUACAGGGGCGUGAGGCGUCGACCGUGGGGAAAGUACGCGGCCGAGAUUCGUGACUCGUCACGACAUGGUGCCCGUAUAUGGCUAGGAACGUUCACCACCGCUGAAGAGGCUGCCUUGGCUUAUGAUAGGGCGGCUUUUAGGAUGCGUGGCGCCAAGGCCCUUCUGAACUUUCCUGCCGAAGUGGUGGAUGCAUCUUCCACCUUGCAAAUAUUUCAUCCGAAUUCCAGCAUGAUGAGCUCAAACAAUAAGCAAGAUUCAGAUUCAAGUAUUGGUAGCUCUGGUUCACAUUCCGUUGGGACCUCAAGAUCAGAAUCUGAAAGUAGCUGUAGCACAGGUGGUGAGGCAAAAGACAUAUCCGGUUAGAUAACCCAGAAUAAAGGAGUUUAGUUAGAAAUUAACCUUAAUAGUACUAGUUCAUGGUAUAUUUCAUGCAAUACGAGGAUAGAGCCGAGUGAAUGCUUUUGAUUUUCUUUUUUGUCAGCUUUGCUUAAUUUUGCCGUCUUUUUACGGGUCCUAGCCUUCUUUGUGUUAUAUAAUAGGUCUAGUCAAAGAGAUUGUAUUCCAGCUUAUAAUUUGCUUUGCAGAGUGACAAA